CGGGCGGACGCCGCAGAGCAGACGCGCGGCUGCUAGCGAACGGCCGUGUUCUGAGGAGAGCAGCGGUCGUGGGCGCCUCAGCAAUGUUGUGUCGGGCGGCGUGCAGCGCGGGCAGAAGACUGGGCCCCGCGGCCAGUACCGCGGGCUCCCGGCACAAGCACAGCCUCCCUGACCUGCCUUACGACUAUGGCGCGCUGGAGCCGCACAUUAACGCGCAGAUCAUGCAGCUGCACCACAGCAAGCACCACGCGACCUACGUGAACAAUCUGAACGUCACCGAGGAGAAGUACCACGAGGCGCUGGCCAAGGGAGAUGUUACAACUCAGGUUGCUCUUCAGCCUGCACUGAAGUUCAAUGGCGGGGGCCAUAUCAAUCACAGCAUUUUCUGGACAAACCUGAGCCCUAAGGGUGGUGGAGAACCCAAAGGAGAGUUGCUGGAGGCUAUCAAGCGUGACUUUGGGUCUUUUGAGAAGUUUAAGGAGAAACUGACAGCUGUGUCUGUGGGAGUCCAAGGUUCAGGCUGGGGCUGGCUUGGCUUCAAUAAGGAGCAAGGUCGCUUACAGAUUGCCGCCUGCUCUAAUCAGGACCCACUGCAAGGAACCACAGGCCUUAUUCCACUGCUGGGGAUUGAUGUGUGGGAGCACGCUUACUAUCUUCAGUAUAAAAACGUCAGACCUGACUAUCUGAAAGCCAUUUGGAAUGUAAUCAACUGGGAGAAUGUUAGCCAAAGAUACAUAGUUUGCAAGAAGUGAAGCCCUUCCGCCAGGCUGUGUGUCAGGCCCGUGGUGGGUGUUUUGUAGUAGUGUAGAGCAUUGCAGCACUGUGGCUGAGCUGUUGUAAUCUUCAUUGAUGCCUAUCCACAUAUGUGUAAGCAUACAGUUAUGAUAAUUUCUUAAUUAAAUGUAUUGUUAGGCAACUGUUUGAGAACAGUACAUACUUGGUGUGAGCUGCUCUUGAUUGAACAUUUUCAUUAGAGGCUUGAAUUGCUUGGACGCUGUCACUGUCAUCAUAAGGCCAUCAAAGAUAUUCCAUCUCUGUGUUGGGGCCUGUGGGGAGGCUGUAAUCCUGUUCUACUGCAGUUAGGAAAAAAAAUGAGUUACCCCCCCCCCCAGAAUUGUUGAAUAAUAAAAUAGAGAACUGAAUAGUUCUCUUUUCUGUUAAAAAUUGCUAUUUUUCAUAAGUAAUCCUUUGUUUAGCGGAUAUCACCUAGUGGUCUUUAUUUAUGGCCACAGUUUCAUAGAAACAUCAUUUUUUCACUUGAAACGUGUAACUAGGCUAAGGAUGGAUGGAGUGGUAGAGCCUUUGCCUGUCUUAUGUGAGGCCCUGGGCUCUACCUCACUACUGAACAAAUCAACAGACCCAAGCUAGGCUCCUGACUGACAACUGUUAAUUCGGAGAGGAGUGACAUUGUGCCUCUGGGUUUUUUUAUAGGCUGAGAUGCAAAAACUGUUACCUUGUCUAUUAAAACCGACUGUGUAUUGUAUGAAAGUGCUCAAGAUGGACAAAGUAUGCAGGGCCUGUCCCAUGAUGUCAACAUGGGGACUAGGCCACAGGGCAUUCAGGGAAGCCAUUCAGCACCAUUAAUUGUGUAUCUCAGGAGAACUGGACCCUGGGUGAGGUGGCACCUUUUUCAGUAGAGGCAAACGGGUUUCUGAGUGAGGUCAGUAGGGUGUCUUGAGAACAUCAGUUUUCAGAGACAUGUAUUUUCAUUUUUUCUGCAGUCUCAAGAACUUAUACUCACAAGAGGGCCUUUGUAUUGUUAUUCAAUAGAAGGACACCCUUUCCCUGACAAGGUACACAGUGUUUCUGAUUGUAUUCCUGUGCAGCAUUUGGGUGUAGAGCUGUGCACUGUUGAAAUGCCUUUGUGAAUUUGCCUUUUCACAUUUCGUCUCACCAUCUUCCUUGUUUUCUUUACUGACUAUGUAAUGUUUUAUCAGUUGGAUAUUACUGAAUAGUUUGUUUGUGUUUAAUUGCCUUUUAUUACCAAAAAGGCUGUGGUCAGCAACCCCAGGCAUGCACAUUACUUCUUAAUGGAGUAUUUUUUAAAGGUUUAUUUUAAUUUUAA